GUUAUCAAGGUGGAUAUGCACUGUGACGACUGCCGGCACAAGGCCAUGAGGAUCGCUGCAGAAGCAUACGGAGUGAUCUCGGUGUCGCUGGAUGACUCCAAGGAGAAAUUGGUGGUAGUGGGGGAUGGAGUUGAUACCACCUGCUUGACAACCAUGUUGAGGAAGAAAGUUGGUUACACCGUCUUGGUAACCAUUGAAGAGGACAAGAUAGAAGAAGUUAAGAAGCCAGCUGAUAAAAAGAAAUGCCCACACCACCCUUGUUGUGCUUGUACUUGUGCCAUCGUAUGUCCACCAGGAUGCUGUUGUAUUAUUUGUGUAGAUAAAAAAGAAAAGAAAUGUUCACCACCACCACCACCACCAUCAGAUUGCCCUUGUAAUAGAUGUCCACCAGGGUAUUGUUUUUAUCAAGUCCAAGUAACAGUUAACGAAAUAAACCCAACUCCUUGCUCCAUCAUGUAAGGUAAGUUGUGUUGAUUCAAUAACUGUGGUGUGGUGGUGGUGGUGGUGAUGUUAUGUUUUUGCUAAAUUGGUAUUUACUUUUUGAUGUUAUAAUUUUGAAUCAA